CAUGUCAUGUCAUAGAACAAGUUGUUUUUGUGUGUAUUGAUUGAUCUCAUUUAUGAAUCAAAUGAAAUUCGGAAAAUUAUUGCUCUAAAACAAUAAUUUCGGAGUGCUUCGCGUUGACUAAAAAUUCGUCUCUGUGUUGAGCAGGAGUUACCACAAUCUGAAGGUUGGAAUCGUUAGCAAUAAGAUCGCUCAAUAAUGGCGUUCGCUGGACUCAAGAAACAGAUCAACAAAGCUAAUCAGUAUGUCACAGAAAAGAUGGGCGGUGCUGAGGGCACAAAAUUGGAUUUGGAUUUUGUGGAAAUGGAAAGAAAAACGGACGUAACAUGUGAACUGGUAGAAGAAUUACAAACGAAGACAAAAGAGUUCCUGCAGCCGAAUCCUGCGGCGCGGGCGAAGAUGUCUGCUGUGAAAGGCAUUAGCAAGCUCAGCGGGCAGGCCAAGAGCAACACGUAUCCACAGCCAGAGGGCGUGCUUGGAGACUGCAUGCUGCUGUAUGGAAAGAAACUCGGCGAAGACUCGAUAUUCUCGCAAUGCCUCGUCGAAAUGGGAGAAGCCCUGAAGCAGAUGGCCGACGUCAAAUACUCAUUGGAUGAUAAUAUUAAACAAAGCUUUUUGGAGCCGCUGCACCAUCUUCAGACCAAAGACUUGAAGGAGGUUAUGCAUCACCGAAAGAAACUACAAGGCCGUAGACUCGAUUUUGACUGCAAACGACGUAGACAAGCAAAAGGCCCCGGUAGGGUCAGCCCUUAUAUGAGUCCAAGCCCAAGUCAUACACCAAGGCAGGGCUCUCACAUUCCAGAUGAUGAGAUCCGACAGGCCGAGGACAAGUUCGCCGAGUCGCUGCAACUGGCCCAGAUCGGGAUGUUCAACCUGUUGGACAAUGAUGUAGAGCAAGUAGCGCAGCUUAGUUUCUUCGCCGAGGGCCUAUUGGAAUACCAUCAACAGUGCACCGAGAUUCUCAAAGGACUCGUGUCCACGCUUAUGGAGAAGAAAGACGAGGCCGUCAACCGUCCCAAGCUGGAAUUCGUGCCGAAGACACUCGCAGACCUCCACAUCGAGGGCAUCCACGACCUGACCAAUGAAGGGGGCUCGCACGCCGGCACGCCGGAGCACAAGCCGCCUUCGAACCUCGAGCUGUUCCCCGGCUCGGGCUCCGGGUCCAUGCAGCGGUCCAACAACGGUAACACCACACGACACUAGCGUUCACUGUUGAUUUAUUUAUACUUGAUUGAACCGACACUUUUUUUAUACCUAGUUGAACCGACACACAAUUUAGUUGAUCUAAAGAGUCACUCACGAACUAAAGAUUCACUGGGGGAUUAAAUCAAAGACUGUGUUAUGAAACGAUAUUCAAAACUCAACUCAACUAAAAUUUAAGCUCAAAUAUGGAGUCAAUCAAUCGUAGCACAGAUUCUGAGCUUGAGUUUGAGUUUUGAGUGUUGUGAAUAGAGCUUAGAACUAUUACAAAUGUAUUGGGAUAAAUUAAAUUCGUUUAGUAUGUUACGGACACAAGAUCUACCUGUCUACGUUAUUUUAUGCACAGUUGUUAUUUAACAUUUAUGAAACAAUGGUUUGACACACACACACACACACACACACACACACACACACACACACACACACACACACAUUUUCUGUCUCUUUUAGUCAUUUUUUAGUACUAACAAGUAAACACACUGAAUUAUUGUGCAUUCUAGUGAGACUUACAAAAUAAGUCUUUACAUAUAACAGCUUUCAAUACCACAUGAUUUGAUAAGUAUAUUUAUUUAUUUAUAUUCUUAUAUUUGUUGUACUUACUGGUCACAUUACAAACACCUACAUAAUAUUAACACAUUUCAUUACACAUACAUUGUAGAAGUUUCCAGACUUUCCUUGAGUUUUUGUGUGUUGGUUGAGUUUAGUUUUAUGAUUUGAUAGUGUUUUGUCAUUUCGUUUCGUCAGUGAUUUAAAUCCAUGGUGUUAUAGUAGGUUACUAGACGCACCAUAUUAUUCGUCGAAUGGUCACUUAUAUCGCAUGUCAAUGUUGUAAAAGAAACCGUGAGUCGUUUAUGUUGUCUUCAUCUAGCUUAGCAUGUGGCGUAUCAUUUUACCAGCUUUUACGUCAGUUACACUCAGUUUUGUGGUCAAUAUCACGACAUUCGUAAAUCAGUAACGUUUUAAAUAUCACUAGUUGGGUUGUGAAAGUUCUUUAACUCUUACUCUCUACCUGACUUGCUAAUAAAUCUAAAUAACUAAAAAUAUCAUUCAUCUAGGAAUAUAUUAGCUAAAAUUCAAUUAAACAAUUUCAAUAUUAACUAUUCAUAUUCGUAACAAAGCUUUCAUAAUCCAAGGAACAUUAAUUCUGUAGUAACCAUCUUAAACGGAAAUUUUAGUUGACUUAUCAAUAUCGCAGUUAGCCAUCUAGUUAAAAUAACAAAUACAAUAGAAUAUUUGACCUCUUAAAAUGACAAUAUUAAUGUUGUUACGGCGCACGCGCACGGGUGACUCUUGUCACCUUGACAGUAUAUUUGUAUUUUAUAAAGGUGUAACAGAAACAGAUAUACUAUCACGGACUGCUACGGCGGCAAACAAGUCACCAGUGCGCGCGCACCUUUGCUCAAUUUAAUAUAAUAAAAAAGUCGUAAUGUCAACUUUAAUUUCCCAACUAUUUAUCUAAACAUCAAUGCCACAAGUUCGGAAUAUUAACCCGUAAGC